AUGAGCUUGUCCCGAUUGCGGUCAACUGUGCAAAGCUGCAACGUGGCUCCAAAUGCAAGACAAAAUAAGAAAACUAAAAAAAAUAAUUCACAGAAACGUAGAGAGCAAGUAAAACACGCCAUGAGGCGACACCGACAGAAGUUAUCAGAAGAACAACUGGAACAAAGGCGAAAAAAAGACAGAGAACGAUACAACCGAAAAAAAGAACAGGGAUUGAUAAGUAACAUCAAUGAAUUAAUACCUCGAGCUCAAAAAAUAAUAAUACAGCAGUGGAAAGAAAGACCGAAAAAAUAUCGUGAUAAGAAAAAAGCAAUGGAACAAAUUCGUCAACAAACUGAGGAUUUUGUUGAAAAUGACACUCUUCCAGAUAGCCCUACAUCUUCUAGUUCUAGAUCA